AUGGAAAAUACAUUCGCCUCCAGCGGAUGGGUGCAGGAGCCAGACGGGCGAGGUACGUGGAGUAUUCUCUGCACUUGCACUCUCACUACUAUCCUCUGUUGCUGGUCAUCAGUGGCCCCCAAUUUACCCGCGAAAGGGGAUGGGGAGUUCAGACGAUGGAGAUACAAAUUUGAUCUGGCUUGUCUUUCUGUGCUUGGGUCGGAAUUUAUAUUAAUGGUCGCCUUGGGGCAAUGGUCCUCCGCACGUCGUUCUGUGAAGGAUUUUCAUGAUGUCGGAUAUAAAGACUGGUCGAUCCAGCAUGCCUGGUUUGCCGAUAUGGGAGGUUUCUUAGUUAACCACCCCGGCGAGGAACUGGUUUCGUUUCCAGUGGACGCGAAGCAGUUAUGUGCAUUGGUCAAGGAUGGAUACGUUGUAUACCCAGCGCUGGAGGAAGAAGAGAUCGAAGACAAGAGUAAAUCAGGUGGAUUGGCCAAGCUGUUUGCAAUCGCACAGGCCUGUUGGUUUACCUUGAAUUGUCUCUUUCGAUUUGCCCAGGGGCUUUUCGUCACCACGCUGGAAGUGACCACUCUUUCAUUCAUUCUAGUCUUCCUAGUCACAUCCUUCUGUUGGUACCAUAAGCCCAUGGAUGUGAACAGACCCAUUACCCUGGAGCUCACUGUCCCUGUCGACAUGAUCCGAAAGAACUAUGAUCAAGCCGAUUCACCAUGGUACGAAACACCAUUCGACUUCCUCUCUCGCGACGAAUGGUUCGUUGCUCGAUUUUGGAAGUAUUAUAUUCAGAUUCUUCACUACAUGCAUCUACCUCUCUUCACUCGACCUGAGAGACGACCAUAUGAUCGCAUUCCCAGUCACUAUGGACCGAAUGUGGACACUCGGGCUGAGAUUAUUUGUACUCCGACUCUCCUACUAUUUAGCUCCGUUUUUCUCAUCUCCUGGAACUCGGAAUUUCCAACUCAAGCAGAACAGACGCUCUGGCGGAUUUCUAGCGCGAGCAUUGUAGCCUUCACCAUAGGUGGGGGUCUUACUGCGCUUUAUUUCCACCGAACGAUAUUCAAAGCAGGCUCGACACAAAGAAUACCAGCCAUUUCGAAUCAAGAACGAGGACCUCGCCAUUGGAUUUAUUGUUUUGCUUCAAGUCUCAGAAAUAUCGACCCCGAGAAAGAUCCUGCGUUGGAAAUCCCUCUUCGGGCUUUGAUGCCCAUCUCCCUGGCCUGUAUCCUUUACCUCCUGGGGCGAGGGUUCAUCCUAACAGAAGAUCUGAUUGGAUUGAGGGAUAUGCCCAAGAGUGCUUUUCAAACGAUCUCAUGGUCAAAGUAUGUGCCUCAUUGGUAG